AUGAACUUGGUUUAUGUGAGAAGAAAGGAGGAGAAGGUUAAUGGUGUUCGAGGCCCCCUUCGGAAGGCUGCAGUUAAUGUUGUUAAUGAUGUUAGUGAAGGUUUACCAGUUAUGCCAAUUGAGGAGGGUGUUGAUGCGAAAACUACUACUACUACUACUGGUGUCCAGACUAACUGCAAACUAUUCGUCAGCAAUCUGAGUUAUGACGUGAAUGAGAAGCAAGUUCUGGAUGCGUUGAGAGCUGUUUUGAAGUUGUCUGGUGUAAUACCUGUAUCGGUGAGGUUGUUUCGUGAUCGAGACACUGGUCGUAAUAGAGGUUUGGGUCUAAUCGAGUUUCGUGAUCCUAGCAGUGCGAAGAAAGCUCUAUCGCUAAAUGGUAAACGAUUACUUGGUCGUUCUAUUAGAGUUAGACCCGAUAAUGGUGGUCAAGGUGUCAAACGUCGACGUGUUGAAGAUGAUCAAGAUGCACAAGCAGGGAAUGAGGUGGUUCAGCAGCAGCGUGAUGUUCAGGUUGCGGCUGUCGAGCAGGAGGACAUUGUAGAAGACCCUUGCGAAAGCUCACCCAAGGAGUCCUCAGAAACAGCUUAUGUCGUUCAGACCACUGUUGAAGAGGUUAACGUUGGUGUUGUGAACUCAUCGGCUGAGCCUAGUAUUGUUAUUGAUCUACGACGUAUUAAUACACAAAAUGGAGGGAAUUGCCCGUUAACGACAAUUCACACGGAAGUAGUCCCUAAUCCUGAUGAUCCUGCUGACUGCCAUACUCUCGACUGGUUGCUAGAUAGUGGUUAUGCGGUCCAUCUUAUUUCUGAUUCAGAAGCUGGUUGGUUGGGAUCUGCUAGAGUUAUCCCUCUGCCUUCUCCGAUUAAGCUCUCUUUUGCCAAUGGUACUACUCAAUUAGUACAUGAGGCAAGAGAAUUAAGCCUCUGUUGUGAUGGUCAGAAGUUCAACACUACUGUUUUGCUGGUACCAGGUUUAGCUGUUCCAGCAAUAUUGAGUCUUCACCAACUGGUGCAUGACUUUGGUUCAGUAGCCUGGCACCUUUUGGCUCCGGGUGAAGAAGUUCUACGAUUAGGGCAUGAUGUUACUCUGAGAUCUACUAGUAAUGAACUUUCACUUGAUGCAGUGGGGUCCGUGAACGCUGUCGUGAACGCCGUUCCUUCCUUAGCUUUUGUGUCAUCCUUUCCUGAUGAAAAGUUUUCUCACUGUAGUUUGCGGAGUCUACGAGAAGCCUACCAGGAGAAACAAGUAGUUGACUUGGAAUCUAAAGCUGUUACUGUAGAUGUGGUGAAUGCCCGUUCUCUUCAGCCUCACACUACUGGUCGUGAUGACCGUCCUCCUAUCGCUGUGGAUUUUGUGGCUGAUGCCAAAGGAGAUCAGCGAGCUCGUGUAUCAUUGCCAUGGCUGUCAGGCCAAAGGCCUAACAGUAAGUUACAUUCCCUUCGACGUGAUGUUGCUAUUGCUCGUGAUGUCGCUACUAGACGAAAGUUAGCUGCAAUGGGACCCGAGUGGGUGGUGCUUUUGAAGAAAGAAGUUGCCAAUAUGGUUGCUCAGGGUCAUAUUUGGGAGCUCACUGAAGAAGAAUUGGCGGCAGAUCCGCCAAUGAUGGCUGCUGUCACGGCAAUUCGAGAAGGUCACCCUACCCAACCUGUGCGGGUAACAGUUGAUGCGAGACCGGUUAAUCGUUUCCUAAGUGCUGGGGACACGUCUAGUCUUCGUCGAGCUCUGCGUAGUAUACUUCUCCGUUGGAGAUUGAGUCCAUGGGUCUCUUGGGACGACGUAACUCGUGCCUUUUUGCAGAUAUGUCUGCAUAAACACGAUGAGGUGAUGCUUAAUGUAUGGACCUGCCGAAGAGGAUAUAGGUGUUGCAGACUUCCAUUCGGCCUUUCGCCGAGUCCGGCAUGCCUAUCUGCUGCCAUAAAGGCCAUUCGUGAAGCUGUGAAGGUAUUCCGUGAGUAUAUGGAUGAUCUGCUCUAUAAUGCCUGGUGUGUGACGAAGUUGUUGGAACGCCGCUCCCUGGGAAGAGCAGUGUUGUAUGAACAAGCUCAUAUGGAGUGUCAGCCCAGUAAGUCGAUACUCGGUGGAGACCCUCAGUAUCGCUUUGAGGCUCUGGAUAUAGGGGUUAAUGACGAGGUCACUUAUAAGACUGUCACGCAACUUGGUUACCUUUGGGAUACUGUGACUGACACUGUUUGCCCUAGGACAAUAGAUGUUGGUUCAGAUAUUCCAUCAACAAGAAGACUAUGUUUUCAAGUCCUAAGCCGGUUUUAUGAUCCUCUUGGUACCAAUAUUGAAUAUUCGGCUCGGCAACGCUAUCUACUACAUAAGUCAGCAUCUACUACUGAGCAUUGGGAUUCACAAGAUCUUUCACAGUCAACUGCUUUGGAAGUGAGUGCUCUAUGCUCUGUGAAGCCCUGUUCUCAACCACGCUUUGUCGAUAUUCGGAAGGGCUUGGUAGUGUUCUGUGAUGCCGCUGGUAGUGGCUGUAUAUGUGCCGACGCUCGUGGUGUUGCUGAUGGUCGUCGUCUAGCGGCUCGUCAAAAGACAUUGAAUUCUAAGUGGACUAUAGCAAGGCUUGAACUUUGUGCACUUCGUUUGGGGGUGUCGUUGCUUGAUGAUAUCUGCGAGGAGUUAGAUGUGCUUACGGAAGAUGGUUAUGCUCCCCCUCAGGUCUGGCUCCUUACGGACUCUCAGCUCAAUUGUUGGCGUUUGAGACGUUCGGAAGCCUAUGACGCCAAGUAUUUAUCAGCGUUUGAGCGACGUCGGGUGCAAGACAUUCGUUCUGGUCUUACUCGAUUAGCGGAGUCUCUGGAUUGCCCCGUGAGGUCUGGUCAUGUAGUGGGUAGAUUGAAUCCGGCUGAUCGGGCUACACGACCCGAUAGGGGUCUACAAGAGAAAUUGGAGCUUAGUGGCUCAGAGAUGGAUGAUAUAUUACGGUCGGUUACUACUGUGGCUCUGUUUCCUGGCCAAAAGGAUUCCAAUGGUGGAGAUGAGCACUUGGGUAUUUCAGAAGAUGAUGAACUUGACUUGAUGAUGGGUGAUGAUGAGGAUUUGACGGUAGUACUAGCAGCAGCAGUUCAGCUGCACAAAGAUGUUCCUGAUCCUCCUGAAGAUCCAGAACUGCAAUGGUCUAUUAAGGUUUCCCAAGUUGCUAUUCCGAGUCUGCGGUUGACACUCGACAAGAUUGCCAGUGGUAAAGAUGUCCCGGGUUUUGAAACUCGGAAUGGGUUAUUAUGUAAGGUUGGUAAUGUUGCUCUCGAUGAUACCAAUCGUGGGAGUUGUGCUAUAUCCCAGAUUGUUAUUCCUAAUGCUGACGACAUUGUCGUCACGACAACCUACAACAUAUGGUGGCAAUGA